UUCUUUGAGUAAAGCAAAGUUGCUCUUAUAUACUUCAACUUUCAGCUCUCAUUUACCUGAUACAGAUUGGAGAGGGAGAAAAAAAUAAAAUAAUUAAGAUUAAAGGAGGAUAAACAAUUAAGAGGAGCCGUGUGCCAUCAAGUCUAUAUCCAUGCUGAUCCAUAGCAGGUGAAAGCGGUCCCUCUCUUAGCGGGCUGUGUGUCGGAUAUGUCCGUGGAGGAUGGCGGUAGCGCUGGAGACGUGGUGGAUGGUAAACCAUACCCUUAUGAAGCUCAGAGCCAGGAUGGGAUUGUUUUGGUCCAGAUGGCUGGUCUUUCCAUGGAUAUGUUCACUCCAGCAGACUUUAAAGGGAAAUUUAGAAAGAUCCAACCAAGAAAAAGACCCACCAUUGCCAUCAUCAAAGAAGCAUCCCCCGUAGGUAAGCGCCCCCUCCCGCAAGUGAGCAGCGCUCCGGGCGAGAGGAAAGGUCCUGUUGCCACGAUGCCGGUUACCGUGGACCCCGAGAGCAAACCGGGCGAGUAUGUGCUCAAAAGCCUGUUCGCCAACUUUACCACCCUGUCCGAGCGUAAGAUACGCAUCAUCAUGGCAGAACCACUGGAAAAGCCCCUCACCAAAUCUUUACAGAGAGGAGAAGACCCUCAGUUUGAUCAGCUCAUCAGCACUAUGAGCUCUCUGGCUGAGUAUUGUCUUCCCUCCAUCCUGCGGACACUGUUUGACUGGUAUAAGAGGCAGAACGGGUUGGAAGACGAGUCUCAUGAGUAUCGCCCACGUGCAAACACCAAAUCCAAAAAUGAUGAACAACAAAAAGAUUAUCUAAUGGAAAGAAGGGAUUUAGCAAUAGACUUCAUAUUCUCACUGGUUCUAAUUGAAGUUUUAAAACAGAUCCCUCUCCACCCUCUUCUGGAUGGCCUCAUUCAGGAAGUCAUUAACCUGGCGUUCAAACACUUCAAGUACAAAGAGGGGUACCUUGGGCCCAACACUACCAACAUGCACAUAGUUGCUGAUUUGUAUGCAGAGGUGGUGGGUGUCGUAGCCCAAUCCAGGUUUCCUGCAGUAAGGAAGAAGUUUAUCUCCGAGUUAAAGGAGCUCAGGCAGAAGGAGCAAAGCCCUUAUGUGGUCCAAAGCACCAUCAGCCUCAUCAUGGGGGUCAAAUUCUUCCGUAUUAAGAUGUACCCAGUGGAAGAUUUCGAAGCUUCCUUCCAGUUUAUGCAGGAGUGUGCUCAGUACUUCUUAGAAGUGAAAGAUAAAGAUAUUAAACAUGCUCUGGCUGGACUCUUCGUAGAGAUACUCGUCCCUGUUGCUGCAUCUGUUAAAAAUGAAGUGAAUGUGCCCUGUUUGAGGAACUUCGUGGAGACUCUCUACGAUACAACUUUAGACCUGUCGUCUAGAAAGAAACACUCUCUGGCUCUAUAUCCGUUGGUAACAUGUUUGCUGUGCGUGAGCCAAAAGCAAAUCUUUCUCAACAGAUGGCACGUCUUCCUCAACAACUGUUUGUCCAACCUCAAAAACAAGGACCACAAAAUGGCCCGGGUGGCACUUGAGUCUCUUUAUCGCCUGCUGUGGGUCUACAUGAUCCGAAUCAAGUGUGAAAGCAACACUGCAACACAAAGCCGUCUCACCUCUAUCAUAUCAACACUGUUCCCAAAGGGUUCCCGGAGCGUUGUUCCCAGAGACAUGCCUCUUAAUAUCUUUGUCAAAAUUAUUCAGUUUAUUGCACAGGAAAGACUGGAUUUUGCGAUGAAGGAAAUAAUUUGCGAUCUGCUGAGUGUUGGAAAAUCCACCAAAGCCUUCAGUCUUAACCCAGAGAGAAUGAACAUCGCUUUGAGAGCAUUCCUUGUUAUAGCUGAUAACCUCCAGCAAAAAGAUGGUGAACCACCAAUGCCAAACACAGGGGCCACUUUACCUUCUGGAAACACCUUGAAGAAAAAGAAGACCUACCUCAGCAAAACCCUAACUGAGGAAGAAGCCAAACUUAUAGGCAUGGCACUGUAUUACUCCCAGGUCAGGAAAGCCAUUGACAACAUCCUGAGACACCUGGAUAAAGAAGUGGGCCGCUGCAUGAUGCUCACCAAUGCCCAGAUGCUCAACAAGGAGCCAGAGGACAUGAUCACGGGUGAGAGAAAGCCAAAGAUUGACCUCUUUCGAACCUGCGUUGCAGCCAUCCCACGUAUUCUGCCAGAUGGCUUGUCAAAAAUGGAGCUCAUUGAUCUUUUGGCCAGACUGACAGUCCACAUGGACGAUGAACUCCGACUCAUUUCCCAGAAUUCCUUGCAGAGUCUACUGUUGGACUUCUCUGAUUGGCGGGAGGACGUGUUGUUCGGGUACACCAACUUCCUGCUGCGUGAGGUGCAGGACACACAGCAGGGCCUGCAGGAUUCAUCGGUUAAACUGCUGCUGCAUUUCCUCACGCAGUGGAGGCUUGCAAUUCAGGCACCUGGAAAACGCUCUUCUGAGAUGGGAGGUCAGAGCAGUGGAAGCUCCAGGAUGCCGCCUGAGCGCAGUCCUCACUCCACGGUGCUGCACGCUGUGGAGGGUUUGGCCCUGCUUUUGCUGUGUUCCUGCCAAACCAGCACCCGCAAACUGGCAGUGUCCGUCUUACGAGAAAUACGCCUCCUGUUUACAACCAUCGGACAAGCUGAUGAUGAUGAUAAGCCCAUGAUUGAGGUUAUGGACCAGCUGGCCCCCAGCGUGCUGGAUAGUUUCGUUCAUGUGGCUCAUUCUGAAUCUUCCACCCUGCCCUUAAGCCAUCACGUGGACCUGCAGUGGUUGGUGGAGUGGAACGCCCGCCUGGUUAACAGCCACUACGAUGUGAAGAGCCCCUCUUAUGUGUGGAUCUUUGCCCAGUCGGUAAAGGACCCGUGGGUGCUGUGCCUGUAUAGUUUUCUUAGACCCGAGCACCUCCCAAAGCACUGCUCCACGGCACUCAGCUACGCUUGGCCCUACGCCUUCACGCGUCUACAACUGCUUAUGCCACUUGUGGACCCAAACAGUCCAGUUUAUGCCAAAAAGACCAGUACGCCAGGCCCAGCUGAUGGCUACGUGACGUUAUGGAGGAAUUACUUGAUACUGUGCCUGGGAGUUGCCAAACCAAGCAUCAUGAGCCCGGGUCAUCUAAGAGCCUCUACACCUGAAAUCAUGGCUACAACGCCUGAUGGUAGCAUCACCUAUGAUAAUAAGGUUAUAGGGACACCAUCAGUGGCUUGGCUCCUGAAACAACUGGUUCCUCUCAUGAGAUCUGAGAGUUUAGAGAUCACGGAGUCUCUGGUCCUUGGCUUUGGACGAACAAAUUCUCUUGUGUUCAGGGAGCUGGUGGAGGAGCUCCAUCCUUUAAUGAAAGAAGCUCUGGAGAGAAGACCUGAGAAUAAGAAGAGAAGGGAGCGGAGGGAUCUGCUUCGACUGCAGCUGUUGCGGAUCUUUGAGCUUCUGGCUGACUCAGGGGUCAUUAGCGACAGUACUAAUGGGGCAUUAGAGAGAGAUUCCUUGGCUUUAGGAGCCCUUUUCCUGGAAUAUGUGGAUCUGACUCGGAUGCUCUUAGAAGCAGAGAAUGACAAAGAGCUGGACAUUUUGAAAGACAUGAGAGCUCAUUUUAGUGGAAUGGUGGCCAACCUCAUCCAGUGUGUUCCAGUCCACAAUAGGCGUUUGCUGUUCCCCCAGCAGAGCCUGAGGCAUCACCUCUUCAUCCUGUUUAGCCAGUGGGCUGGACCCUUUAGUGUAAUGUUCACACCUCUGGAUCGCUAUAGCGACCGCAACCACCAGAUCACACGUUACCAGUACUGUGCUUUGAAGGCUAUGUCAGCAGUGUUGUGCUGUGGCCCUGUGUUCGAUAAUGUUGGGCUCUCUUCAGACGGAUAUCUUUACAAGUGGCUGGACAAUAUCUUAGGCUGCCAUGAUCUCAGGGUUCAUCGUCUGGGCUGUGAAGUGGUCAUUUUGCUCCUGGAGUUGAAUCCAGAUCAGGUGAAUCUGUUUAACUGGGCUGUCGAUCGCUGCUUUACUGGAUCAUACCAGCUGGCAUCAGGAUGCUUCAAAGCUAUUGCUACUGUGUGUGGUAGCAGGAAUUAUCCAUGUGACAUUGUGACGCUUUUGAACCUGGUGCUGUUUAAGUCAUCUGACACCAGCAGAGAGAUUUAUGAGAUAUCCAUGCAGCUUAUGCAGGUUCUGGAGUCCAAGUUGUCUGUUUACUCAAAGAGAAUUGUAGGACAGAAAUCUGGAAAUAUCCUCUAUGGCACACACGGGCCUUUACCACCGUUGUACAGUGUCUCUCUUUCCCGGCUCUCAAACCAGCUGGCCUGCAUGUAUCCUGAGCUAACCUUACCACUCUUUUCAGAGAUCAGUCAGCGAUUCCCCACCACCCACCCUAACGGGAGACAGAUCAUGCUGACCUAUCUGCUACCGUGGCUUAACAACAUAGAGCUGGUGGACACAGGACUGCUUCCCCCGACUUCCAGCCCUUGCACCCCGGAGGAAGAGACCCGCGAACAGGGUGACAGCAUGGGAAUCGCUCACAGACUCAAGGGCAAUGGCUGGGGAUCUCUGCAAGCCACCUCGCUGGUUCUGAACAACCUUAUGUUUAUGACUGCUAAGUAUGGAGAUGAGGUUCCAGGUCCUGAGAUGGAGAACACCUGGAACGCUUUAGUGACUAAUGACAAAUGGAGCAACAACCUUCGAAUAACCCUACAGUUUCUGAUAAGUUUAUGUGGAGUCAGCAGCGACACCACAUUGCUGCCAUACAUUAAGAAAGUGGUUAUAUAUUUGUGCCGGAACAACACCAUUCAGACCAUGGAAGAGCUUCUGUUUGAGCUUCAGCAGACAGACCCAGUUAACCCAGUGGUCCUGCAUUGUGACAAUCCUCCAUUUUAUCGCUUUGCCGCCAGCAACAAGACCUCCGUAGUGGCCUCAGGUACAACAUCCAGCAGUAACACAGUAGUGCCCGGGCAGGAGAACUACCAAGAUAGUGAUGAUGCAAAGAUUGCCAGAGAGAGCGAGGAGAGGUUGAGUAGUGCAGCCCGGGCUCAUAACCGGCUGGAGUCGCGUUACAGCAACAGUUCAGGAGGAUCUUACGAUGAGGAGAAAAAUGACCCUCUACCUCCAUAUGCUGCCUGGUUAAUCAGUGUAUUGGAGAGUAACAGACCUCAACCUCUUCCCAUGCCUGUAAGCGGAGGUUGUUGGGCCCCAUUGGUGGACUAUCUGCCUGAGACCGUCACCCCGCGAGGACCCCUUCACAGGUGUAACAUAGCUGUGAUCUUCAUGACUGAGAUGGUGGUGGACCACAGUGUGAGAGAGGACUGGGCACUGCAUCUGCCCCUUCUGCUGCACGCGCUGUUCCUUGGGUUGGAUCACUAUAGGCCGGAGGUGUUUGAGCACAGCAAGAGGUUAAUGCAGCACCUCCUCAUCGCCCUCUCCUGCAACAACAACUUCCAGGUCAUCGCCUCUGUUCUGUUACUGACCCGAGAGAUCAGUGACAACAAGACCCUCACUGUUAAAUCCAGCUAUCAGCCAGAAUACCUCUACACGGCAGGAGGAUUCGACUUCCUGCGGGAGUGGCAGGCAUCACCGGUUGCGGAUUCCGGACUGAGCUCAUCUUCUACAUCCUCCAGCGUGAGCCUGGGAGGAAGCAUGGGGAACCUGCCACAGAUCACAGCUGAUCUGGAGGAGCUGGACACAUCUUCCACAGAGUCAGAGGAGAAGACCAACAAACUCAUCGAGUUCCUCACCACUAGUGCAUGGAGUACUGUCCUGUUCUUACUUAGGGCGUUCGGACCGCUUUGGUGCCACGAAGACAUCACACCGAAGAACCCGAACUCCAAGAGUGCAGAGCAGCUCACCAACUUCCUGAGACAUGUCGUCUCUGUGUUUAAGGAGUCCAAAUCGGAUUUCCAUCUGGAGCAUCAGCUGAGCGAUGUUGCCUUGCAGACGGCCCUCUGCAGCUCCUCACGUCAUUACGCCGGGCGCUCUUUCCAGAUCUUCCGAGCCCUGAGACAGCCCCUCUCUGCCCAUGCAGUGUCCGAUCUGCUUUCACGCCUGGUAGAGGUUGUCGGAGAGCAUGGGGAUGAAGUACAGGGUUAUGUCAUGGAGAUUUUGCUUACUCUGGAGUCCGUUGUGGAUAAUUUAGCAGAAUGUCUGAACAACAGUGAACUGAUGGCAGCUUUGACAAGAGACUCGUCACCAGAUUUCCUGGUGAGUGGAAAACUAAACCCAAAUCGUAAAAGCACAGGGCAGCUAAACCUGCAUCAGGAUGGUGGGACCAACGAGAGAAACAGGCACCAACGCAGCUACUCCGUCCCUAAGAAGUUUGGCGAAAGCGGCGAAAACUCUUCCGCCAACCCACCUCGCAGCGCCACUCUAGACCGCAUCCAAGCCUGCACCCAGCAGUGUCUUGCCCGCUCCGCCCGCAGCACGUCGUCCAGCUCCACCCGUGCCGACACCAGCGUCAUCACCGACCCCUCCCACUCCAGUCACCCCGCCAACCUGCUCGCUACCAUCUUCUGGGUGGCGGUGUCACUCAUGGAGUCUGACUUUGAGUUUGAGUAUCAGAUGUCACUGAGGCUCGUUCAUAAACUGCUGGCAAAGGUUCCGUUGGAUCUGCAAGAGAACAGGGAGCGGCUAGAAAAGCUCCAGGCACAGCUUAGGUGGAGUGGGUUUUCUGGGCUUCAACAGCUACUGCUGAAGGGCUUCACUUCUCCGGCCACAAAUGAUCUCACGCUGCAGCUUUUCUGCCAGCUCACACCGGUUUCUCGAGUGCAGGUUGUGGACACAUCGCAGGCUAUAGGAUUUCCUCUGAACGUGCUCUGUCUGCUUCCUCACUUGGUGCAACAUUUCGGUAACCCUACGCAGUUUUGUAAAGAAAGCGCAGAGAGGAUCGCACAGGUGUGUUUGGAAGAGAAAGACAAGAACACUAAACUCUCUCACCUGGCCCACGUCAUGACCCUGUAUAAGACUCGUUCAUACACCAGAGACCCCUUCUCCUGGGUUAACGUCGUCUGUCGGUACCUGCACGAGGCCUUCGCAGAUAUCACCCUUAGCCUGGUUACAUACAUGGCUGAGUUACUAGAUAAAGGCUUACCCAGCAUGCAACAGCCACUGCUGCAGAUCAUUUACAGUCUGCUAAGCCACAUGGAUUUGGCAGGAAUUCAGGUCAAACCUUUCAAUGUAGAGGUGCUCAAGACCAUCGAAAAAUUUGUACAGACCGUUCACUGGAAGGAGGCUCUUAACAUUUUGAAGCUGGUCGUUUCUCGCUCGGCCAGCUUAUCUCUGCCAUCCUACGCUCAUGGCGAUCUGGCCCAUCUAGAGGUUAGCCGCAUGAUGUGGGAUGGAUCAUCGAAAGCCCUGCCAGGAAAAACAAUGGAAUUUCACUUUGACAUUUCUGAGACGCCUGUUAUUGGGCGCAGAUAUGACGACCUGCAGGGAUCAGGCGGGCGAGAUGGGAAAGCCCGUGCGAUCGCAGUGACCCGUAGCGCAUCAUCCACCUCUUCGGGGUCAAACUCAAACACCGUCCUGGUGCCAGUCAGCUGGAAACGGCCACAGUCAUCACAGAAACGUACAAGAGAGAAGCUGGUAAACGUUCUGUCACUCUGCGGACAAGAAGUUGGCCUCACCAAGAACCCAUCUGUGAUCUUCUCAUCCUGUGGUGACCUGGAUCUGAUGGAGCAUCAGCCCAGCCAGGUGUCCUCUGAGGACGGGACGAGGGAGGACACACUAGAUGACACCACCUCAGAACAGCAGUUUAGAGUCUUCAGGGACUUUGACUUCCUUGAUGUAGAGCUGGAAGAUGGAGAGGAGCUGCAGGGUGAGAGUAUGGAUAACUUUAACUGGGGUGUUCGCCGACGCUCUCUGGACAGUACAGAUCUAACUGAACUUUUGGAGGAGAGUCAGCACUCUGACAUAACCCCCUGUAUCAGCCUGCACGACCCCCAUCAAGACUCUGAUGACUCAUCGGAAGAAGAGUCCAAUUCCACCAGCCAAAGCCUUUCCCACUCUCAACUAACAAUGAACCUUUCCCCCUCAGAGGACACCAAUCAUACAGAUUCUUUGUCCACUUCCUAUGACACCACAUCAGCUGAUCCAAAUUCUGCUGCGACACCCUGCUUAGGAACAUCGCUACCAGAUGACCACAUUAUGCCGCCCAUUUUACCAGAAGACGAAGAUUCGAAUGUCCAAGAGGACGACCUGUCGUUCUGUGUGAAUGAGGUACCUAUGCGGUUUGACUGUGGCUCCAGCGCUAACCUGGACCUUUCUACAGAUCAGAACCGAAGUGGAAACAACCAGAACCCAAACUCCAUGCCCAGCUACCAUUUUGGGGAGGACCGAGAUGAUCUGGAUGAGCUGGGCUUUCCUCCUCCACCCUCCCCUUUCUUUUCUGCCAUACUGGCGGCGUUUCAGCCCACUGUGUGUGACGAUGCAGAAGAAGCCUGGCGGAGUCACAUCAACCAGCUGCUGUGUGACACAGACGGGUCUUGUGCCGUGUAUACGUUCCAUAUCUUCUCUGCACUAUUUCUGAACAUCCAAAAUAAGUUCUGCUCCCUGACAAGCAACGCCGCCGGUUACCUCGGAGACAGCUUGAGGGGAAUUGGGUCAAAAUUUGUGCACUCAUCAGAAAUGUUGUCCUGCUCUGAAUGCCCCACUCUUUAUGUGGAUGCAGAAACGAUCGUUUCCUACGGUCUCCUAGAGAAGAUGAAGUUCAGCGUUCUGGAGCUGCAAGAGUAUCUUGACACAUAUAACAGCCGAGAGGAAGCAGCCGUCUCUUGGUUGCAAAACUGUAAAGCGACUUUUCCAAGGUAUUCUGAUGAGAAUGUGAUCACCUGUCAGCCUGGAGACUCCGAGGAGAAGCAAAUGGAAACUCUGGCUCAACUGGAGUUGUGUCAGCGACUGUACAAACUCCACUUUCAGCUCCUUCUGCUCUUUCAGUCCUACUGUAAACUUAUUGGACAAGUGAACACCAUCAGCUCUGUGCCAGAGCUGUGGAACAUGUCUCGUGAAUUGAGUGAUCUGAAGAACUGCCUGCGUCUAGCAGAAGCCUCAUUGGCUGGUGACCAGGAGGACCAGCACAGGCACGGCACCCAGCCCAUGUUCCCCAGCUCAGAGGCAGCCGUACAGGCCAUCCUGGAGUGCCUGAACAACAACGAGUUCAGUAUGGCUAUUCGCUACACUCAAGAGUGCAGACGAAUGUGGCCAAAUGACAUUUUCGGUGGUUCCAUAGAGGAUGAGAUCCAGACUCUCCUCAACGUCUACUUCCGUCACCAAACUCUGGGUCAAACCGGCACCUUCGCCCUGGUCGGCUCAAACAAAGACACGUCAGAGGUCUCCGCAAAGCUAAUGGAGCUCAACGGAGAGAUCCGGGACAUGAUUCGCCGCGCUCAGGGGUACCAGGUCAUCUCAUCCAGCCUCCUAGACUCCAGCGUGUCCGGCGUGAGUCUCUGACAGGAAGCCUGCAGCACCCCAGAUCGACCCUGGCCUGGUCCACCCGACCUCUGGAUCCCUCCAUAGUCACCCAGCCUCUCCUGCACCAUCCCUCUUCCCAAGAUCCUCCACUCCUGCCACCCGCUCCAGGCCAACUACGAUGUGACGUCUGGGAGUGCUGCCACCCUUUUGAGGGUGUAACUCAUAAACUUGUACCCUUCUUAGGGAAACUUGCACGAGCAUCCUUGACUGUGUUGAGUAGAAAGGGGCUCUUGAAAGUAAGCGUGUCUUCGGGUCCCCAGAUGUGCAGCAAUAAUGGAGAAACUGAACUGCUCCUGCACGAUUCCUCGGAUUGAGUCAAACACGCGUUUUAAAUGAUUGCACUAGCUUGACGUUUUUAUGUCAUAAACCAUGAAGGUUAAAAGUCCUCUUUGCUACUGAGAGCAAUGCCGCAUUUUGAUAAAGCGCCAAAGUUGGAACUUCUACUGAUGGCAUGUGCUCGGUUUGUUGUUAACGUGGGAAUUGUGCAAUGAUGGAUCAUCGAAACGGAUGCCUUUCUACUGUAAAUGCUAAAGAAUGUUUUUGAAGUUCCACGACCUGCCACGCAGUCGAAGGACACAACGCAAGAUGCUGUCUGUCUUUAGUUAUCGUCACAAUACUUGUAACUGUUGUUUAGUUUAACUCUUUGUGAACCUGUCCGUCACUGAUGUACUGCUAGAUACAGUAUCAGCCUCCACAGAGACACAAACAUGCAGUGAUUUUUUCAUAAGACUGAUAAAAAUACUGCUGAAGCUAAUUCUAUUUCAAGUGCUGAUAUGAGAUUGUCCUGCGCUCUACUGUAUACAGGCUUACGUCUCUAGGGUAAAUUUAUAUUUAAGAUAGCAGUGUGCGUUCAACAUAGUUGAGAAGUUCUUCGUCAGUUCACGUUGCCAAGCAUGCGUACUGUAUUUACUUCUGAAAAUGUAUUUAUUUAAAGCUGUAUUUUAUUAAGUUUUGUAUAAAGUGGGAAAGGAAGACGUUGUGUGCAAAUAGUUAUCACUAGUGCAUGCCAAAACAGAUUGCACAUUGUAAAGCCUUUUUGGGAAAAAGUGUUCUUGUUUUUCCUCACCAUGUAAAUACUUGAGCUUUUGUGAAGUAAAUUUGAUGUGCUUUUA